UAACUCUUCUUGCCCGGAAGUGGAAUCCUCGACGUAUUGGCGGCGUUUGCUUUUGUUUGGAAGCCCACUAAAAUAUAUAAAUCGACGAUCAUCUGCUAUAAACAACUGUAUUAAGGACUGAUGUUCUGAAUAUACGGUAGACAUUUUGUUAAAAUGUCUAUCGGUGUGCCUAUUAAGGUGCUGCAUGAAGCAGAAGGUCACAUAGUAACAUGUGAAACCAGUACCGGCGAAGUUUACAGAGGGAAACUGAUUGAGGCAGAAGACAACAUGAACUGUCAGAUGGCUCAAAUAACAGUCACUUACAGGGAUGGUCGUGUUGCACAGCUCGAAAAUGUCUACAUCAGAGGCAGCAAGAUACGAUUUCUCAUACUUCCAGACAUGUUGAAAAAUGCUCCAAUGUUCAAAAAGGUCCAGGGCAAGGGUGGCGGAGCUGGACGAGGAAAGUCUGCUAUCCUCAGAGCGCAAGCUGCAAGAGGUAGAGGGCGUGCUGGUGGUGGUCGUGGGAAUGUGUUCCAGAAGCGCCGUUAAGUGGAAUGUUUUUGCCUUGUAAUGGGAGCAUCAGCAGAGCAAGAUGCUGCACGGACUAAAAGUUCAGCUUGUGCUAUCAGUAUUUUUUUUUAAUGUCCCACCACCAACUUCAAAUGCAUUCUCUCAUCUGUUUGAUUAUUCCUGAAGUUCUUAAUGAAAAGUCAGCACAGAUACAUCAUCAUUUCAAAUGGUCAUUUUAAAACACUGCAUAUCAUUUUAUGAAUGCAUGGUAUUGGGAUUGAUCAAGUUUGGUAUUGUCAUUAUAAAUGUUAUAAAUAGCAUAAAGGGAAUACGAUUGUUCUUUGGCUUCAGACAUUCACAUUUUAUCAGUAAAUUUUUGUAAUAGUUCAUGAUUCAAUGAGAAUUAUUCAUUAAAUAACAGUUCAUUGAAUCUGUUUUUAAACCAACAACUUUGAUUUUAUGUGCUAAAUGAGUGAGAGGAUGGCAGUUUCUAUGAGCCUGGUAAUGCUUUUGAAGUGUUUGUUCUCAUGUAAAUGCAUCUCGGGGAAAGAUGCUUUUUUUGCUCUUUUUCCCCACCUACACAUCCAUCUAACUUUUUUUCUUGACAUGCACACAUGAACAUGAGUGAAAAACAUCUAGUGUUUGCUCUUAUCUGGAUUUUUUAAAUUGAUAUAAGAGCAUUACUUAACAAAAUUUUUAAAAGUGUAAUUCAAAUAAGCGAGCUCCCAAUACGAAAAAUAUAAAUGAUUUGGCAUCAGGCAUCUCGCAUGAUUUUUUUGUUGUUUAAAAAGCUUGGAGGUCUCUUAAAAUGCCACAAGCUAAACACACAACAUGAAAGGUGAUAUUUCAUCAUCAGCAGAUGUCAAUGAGACAGUGUUACGUGCAUGAAGGAUGUCUAACAGUUUUUUGGCAUAAGGAAUAAAGAUAACGAAAACAUU